GUCUGGCCGUCCUGCGCACCACCCGCCCUCACGAGCUGAACUGGAGACGGAUUGGAAACCCCGCUGCAGACCCCGAGCGCCGGCCUUCACCCCGACCCCGUCUCCUCUUGUCCGUUUAGAGGUGUCGCUAAAGGAUUAAUGAGCCAAAAAGGCACCCAGCUUCUCCUUUAAGGCUCAUUUCGGCUCGGCUUCGUUUUUCGGCUUUGCGCCUAGGACUGCCUAACACCUUCCCGUUCAUAUUCACUUCAUUCGAGGAUACCUGUACCUCUACUGAUGGAACAGGGUCACUCCAACGUUCUCCUGCAGCCGCCCAACACCACUUAACAUUUCCUGGAAGAACGUGUCCAUUGCCUGCUCCCAACAAACAUGGACUGUUUUCCCAUGCUUUAUUUUCUGUCGAGACAUCAUGAUUCCUGGUAAUCGAAUGCUGAUGGUCAUUUUAAUAUGCCAAGUCCUGCUGGGAGAGAGCAACCAUGCUAGUCUGAUACCUGAAGAAGGGAAAAAGAAAGUACCGGGCCUGCAGGGUCGUUCGGCCGCUCAGAGCCAUGAACUGCUGCGGGACUUCGAGGCCACGCUGCUGCACAUGUUUGGCCUCAAGAAGCGGCCGCGGCCCAGCCGCUCAGCCACCGUGCCUCGCUACCUGCUGGACCUCUAUCGGCUACAGUCGGGGGAGGCUGAGGAGGCCGGGGCGCAUGACAUCGCUUUUGAGUACCCAGAGAGGUCAGCCAGCCGGGCCAACACUGUGAGAGGCUUCCACCAUGAGGAGCACAUGGAGAGGGUGCAUGAACUGGAUGAUGGGGAAACUGCGCCCUUUCGCUUCCUGUUCAACCUCAGCAGCAUUCCAGAGGAUGAGCUGCUCUCUUCUGCCGAACUGAGGCUCUACCGUCAUCAGAUCGACGAGGCCAUCGCCGACGCCUUCUCAGACAACCAGGGGCUUCACCGGAUAAACGUGUACGAGGUGCUGAAGCCCCCACGGCCAGGGCAGCUAAUCACGCAGCUCUUGGAUACGCGGCUUGUGCGCCACAACACAUCACGCUGGGAGAGCUUUGACGUGAGCCCAGCCGUGCUGCGUUGGACUCGCGAGGGCCUCCCAAAUUACGGGCUGGCCGUGGAGGUGCUGCAUCUAAACCAGACACCGCGCCACCAGGGCCGUCAUGUCCGCGUCAGCCGCUCACUACACCAGGAGCCUGGCGAGGACUGGGAGCAGCUACGCCCCCUCCUGGUUACCUUUGGCCAUGAUGGGAAGGGUCACCCGCUGACCCGCCGGACCAAGCGCAGCCCCAAACAGCGGGGGCGUAAACGCAACCGUAACUGCCGGCGCCACGCACUGUAUGUGGACUUUAGCGAUGUGGGCUGGAAUGACUGGAUAGUGGCGCCCCCUGGUUACCAGGCCUAUUACUGCCACGGGGAAUGCCCCUUCCCUCUGGCGGAUCAUCUGAACUCAACCAACCACGCCAUUGUUCAGACACUGGUGAACUCUGUGAACAACAACAUUCCCAAGGCCUGCUGCGUGCCAACAGAGCUCAGCGCCAUCUCCAUGCUCUACCUGGAUGAACAUGACAAGGUGGUCCUAAAGAACUACCAGGAAAUGGUAGUGGAGGGCUGCGGCUGCCGCUAAAACACAGACUGACAAAAUCUUGGACAUGAAAAAGCAACAUGGACGCUAAAACAAACCAGAAGGUCUUUUACUCCCAAAAAUGUUCACUUGGACCCUUAUUUAUAACUUUUAUGUUGAGGUGUAUGUUUGUCUCACUUUUUUUGUUUCCUUGACAAUAUGAUCAUAUAUUUUGACAAAAUAUAUAUAUUUAUAUCUACAU